AUGCGCUUUGCGUUCAUUGCCUCGACAAUCACUACGUCUGUCUCUGUGCUUGCAGCGCCAACCAGUCUGCACACCAGAACCGACACGUUGGUGGGGCCUCGGGCAACUCCUGCUAAGCCAGCGCCUUGUAACCACAAUAUUUCGGUCCCAAAUGGAUUUGAAACUGGAUGGGAUGCUUUGUCGGACACUUGGGACCCGUCAAACAUCAUGCCGCUGGGCGUAACUUUUCAGUAUCCUCAGGGCUGGGUCGAGUACAAAAGGCAGUUUAGGGAGAUUGAUGAGGAGUUCCGUAUGGAUGACAGAUGCAUUGUUGAGCACUGGGUCCAGAAUGAAGAACUUCCAUUGCUAGCACUUGCAGGAAAGGGAUCACAUUCAAUCCCUGUCAGCCAUUGCUGUUGA